AUGACAGGCUUUUCUAAAAUAGCUGUCUACCGGCAAGAUUUACCACCAACUGGUGGUUAUGCUCCAAUGUCAUGGGCACGUGUGCCUGCACGUCGUAUACCUUUAUGGCCGUUUGUUUCUCUAUGGGUAGUAUCGAAUAUAUUCGGAUAUUUCUAUCAUGCAUCUGAAAAACGUCAUUAUUGGCAAAAUGAAAUGGAAACGGAUGAAAGUCGUUCAUGUAUAGAACCAGUUUUAUUAGCCGAACAAGAUCGUAUUGUUUUAAGACAAUAUCGAGCUAAUCGUGAUGAAGAGACAAAACUCAUGAACGACGUACCUGGCUGGGAAGUUGGUACAUGGUUUGGUGAUAAAGUUUUUAAAUCUCGUACCUUUUUUCCUGAUCGACCACAUUUACUUGAUUAUUAUGGGGUGUCUCGUCCAUCGACACAACGUUUAGAUGUUAAUGCAAGUCAAUGGCAGCUUUAA